CCUCGACCCGUUCGCGCGGCGCUGGCGCGCGGUCCUCUGCAUUGCGUGGUCCAAGGAGAAGAGCGCUCACAUGCAUGUUCGAGAGCUGCGGGCGGCUUGCGCAGCUCUCUGGCGGCGGGCCUGCAAGGCGGGUCGGCGCUGCAGCAGAUGGCUUCGCCUCGUCGGCUGCCGGGCGAUCGCGGCCGUCGUCGCGACGGGGAGGGGCAGCAGCCGACGCCUGCAGCCUGCUCUGUCCAGGUGGGCCGCGGCCGCGGUCGCGGCCAACGCGCGCCCGAUCAUCGGCCGCGUGGUGUCGGAAGACAAUCCCGCCGACGAACCGUCGCGGAGGUUGCGGCGUGGCUCGCGGCCCAGGCUUGCCGCGCCCAGGCUGCCCAAGCGGCAGGACGGCGGGGGCGCCAGCGGCCUCGUCGCGGGGCUCCUCGAGAGCCGCUGGGCUACUGGCGCGGGCAUUGCGGCGGCCGACAACGCGGCGGCGGGCGCCGUCUUUUUCGGCUCGCGACUCAGGCGCCGCCUGGACUUGAGCUGGGCGCUGCUGAAGACGCGGCGGAAGCGGGGGCCUGCGGCUUGGGCGCCCACCAUCGCGCCCGAGAUCGUCGGAGGCAUGGCGGGCCUGUCGCUGGAGGCGGGGUGCGUCGACAUCGCUUGCUUCCUGAUGGUGGCCUUCGAGGGCCUCUGGCGCGGCGGCGAGGCCUUCGCGCUGCGACCCGGCGACGCGGCCUUUCGAGGUCGUUGCGCCGUCCUCCGCAUCGCUUCGCCCAAGGGCACAGCGGGCCGCGACGCGGCCGAGGCGGCGGUGGCCCGGGCGCCCAUCACCCUGCAGUUGCCGCGGCUAAUGGCUCGCGGUUGCGCUGACGGCCAGCGCCCGAGGGCGCGGACGCCGCGCCAGUUGCGGGCGGCCUUCGCGGCGCUG